GUUUGGAAGCAAAACGCUUGGCGUGCGGACAUAAUGUUUUUAUUAUAUAUACUUCUGGUAGCUAUCAGCGUAUAUUUGUAUCUUAAGUGGAACUUCAGCUACUGGGACAGAUGUGGCUUUGAGUCAAUUGAAAAGAAUAUACCCUUCGGUGCUUUGGAUUCAGUGCGUCGUAAUAAACGUUCCUUCGGUCUGGCCAUAUACGAUGCUUAUCUGGCUACAACAAAGCCCUUUGUGGGCAUCUAUCUGACACUACGGCCUGCACUCCUGGUGAGAGAUGCUCAGAUGGCACAUGAUAUACUCGUCAAGGACUUUGCGCAUUUUCAUGAUCGUGGUGUUUAUGUGGAUGAAAAACAUGAUGCCAUGUCGGCGAGUUUAUUUGCUAUGGAGGGACAGAAGUGGAAGCAACUGCGCAGCAAGUUGACGGCUUCAUUUACUUCGGGAAAACUAAAGGCCAUGUUUGGCACUGCCGAAGCCGUUGCAGAUAAGAUGAUGGCACAUUUAAAUGAGAAAAUACCAGAAGGUGGCAGCGCUGAGGUCGAUAUGAAGGCUCUAAUGGCAUCUUAUGCAAUCGACAUUGUAGCCAGCACAAUAUUUGGCUUGGAGGUGGAUAGCUUCUCUAAUCCUGACAAUAUAUUCCGCACGAUUAGCCGCGAAGUUAAUGCACCCACGCCCAAAAACAUUUUGCGCGGCACAACAUCGUUCUUAUAUCCCAAAGUGGAAAAAUUCUUCAAUCGCUUGGGCUGGCCCAUUGACGGUAUAGAACGCAUGCAAAAACUUGUACAUGAAACAAUCGAUUUGAGAGAUGAAAAGCAUAUGGUGCGACGUGAUUUGCUGCAAUUGUUGCUGCAGUUGCGCAACACGGGCAAGAUUAGCACUGAUGAGAGCGACUGGUCAGCGGAGAAGACCUCCAAGAUAGACUCGAUCGAAUCGUUGUCUAAGGACAAUAUCGCCGCCCAGCUGUUUCUGUUCUUUGUGGCUGGCUAUGAAACGUCUGCAUCGACAGCUGCCUUUACGCUUUAUGAGGUUAUGCAAAAUCCCUCAGUAUUGGAGAAGCUGCUCGAGGAUAUUAAUGAAACACUGGCCAAGCAUAAUGGCGAAAUUAACUAUGACUCCAUACAGGACAUGAAGUAUUUGGAGCUGUGUGUAAUGGAAACUACACGCAAAUAUCCUGCGUUGCCCUUGCUUAAUCGCAUGUGCAAUCGCGACUAUCCCUUGCCCAAUACUAAUUUGGUCUUACGGAAGGGCACACAGGUGAUUAUAUCACUGCUGGGUAUACACCGUGAUGCGGACUACUUUCCAAAUCCACUUGAAUACCAGCCGGAGCGCUUUACUGAGGAGUUUAAGAACUACACACCCGCUGCCUUUAUGCCAUUUGGCGAAGGACCACGUCAAUGCAUUGCGGCCAGAAUGGGUAAACUGAAUGUUAAGAUUGCCAUUGUCAAAAUGCUGACCAACUACAAGCUUGAAGCCCGCCAUCAGAAACGUGAGCUAGAAUUCCAUGUGCAUGGAAUACCUAUACUGCCUAAGGGCGGCGUACCGGUGAAACUUUCACGUAAACAUUAAAUUCAAUUCGUGGCAACGCACUACAGUCUUACACGUGGAUAUGAUUGUAAACAAGCGUUUAUUAAGGACACACACACACACACACAUGUAUGUGUGUAUGAAUACGAAUUUAAAUUUGCCGGCGGGGGGCGUACGAGACAAAAGAUUUCAGGCAGUAAAAUGGCAUCAGGAUUUCACCCCCUUCACCAACAACAACUGGGACAUAAAUACG